CCAACUCCCAAAUUCCAUCUCUUAACAGACCCAACUUAAAAAUUAGAGAGAAAAAUUGCAAAGAGAAUGGCCGGAAUUUGGAGCAUCGGAGUGUUGGCGGAGGACUGUGUUUCCACAAUUCUGUCACUUACAAGUCCCUCGGAUGUGGGGAAAUUAUCCCUGGUCUCGUCGGUGUUUCGAUCGGCAGCGGAAUCCGACGUGGUUUGGGGGAGAUUUUUGCCGAAAAACUACGAGGAGAUUCUGGCGGCGUCUGAUAUCUCGGGCGAGUCUCCGUUGAAAUCGAAGAGAGAGGUUUUCUUGCGACUCUGUUGUCCGAUCCUGCUGGACGGCGGUAGAAAGAGGUUUGAGUUGGAUAGAUUUGGGGGGAAAAUUAGCUACACAUUAUCUGCAAGAGAGUUGGGUAUCACAUGGAGCUCUGAUCCACUCUGUUGGAGCUGGAAAUCUCAUCCUCAAUCAAGAUUCCCAGAAGUGGUGGAGCUUAGAACAGUGAGUUGGCUGGAAAUCAAAGGGAAAAUCAGAACCCAAAUGGUAUCAUCAAACACAAAGUAUGGAGCAUAUCUUUUGUUGAAGAUUUCAGAGAGAGCUUAUGGAUUGGAUUUAAUGCCAGCUCAAGUUUCUCUUCAAUUGGGAAAUAAUAAUAAUAAUAAUAAUAAUAAUAAUAAUAAUAAUAUCCGUGAAGCCUAUGUUUGGUUACACCAUAAAUCAGAUGAGAAGAAGCAAGAUUUGGAGUAUCUGUUUUAUGGGAACAGAAGGGAAAGAGCCAGAAAAUUAGCACUAACUUCCUAUAAUAAUAAUAAUAAUUUAGAGAAUUAUAAGGAAAUUAGGGUUCUGAGAGAGAGGGAAGAUGGUUGGUUGGAGAUUGAAUUGGGAGAGUUUUUCAGUGGAGAAAGUGAUGAAGAAGUGAAUAUGAGUUUCAUGGAAACCAAAGGCUUUCAACUCAAAUCUGGACUUAUUAUUCAAGCCAUUCAAGUCAGGCCUAAAUAUUGAUCCUCUUCAUACUUUUUACCCCUCAAUUUUCAAUUUUUUUCACUUUAAAUUACUUGUUAAUUAACAUUCUUUUAUUCAUUACAAAUCUACACCUCCUUUUUAACUUCUUUUCUUUUCUUUUCUUUUCUCUUUUUCUCUUUUCAAUCUUCUAAUAACAAAAUUAUACCUUCAUUCA